GGUAGAGAACUUGCCAAUAGUCAAAAAUGAAAUUGGAGAAAGGAUGUUCCAAUGUCAACAAGGAGUCAGAAGUCCUGAGGAAAACCAGCUAAACGGAGAGCCAGAGAAAGCCCUCGCUUUUCAUCAUGCAGAUAACAAUGUGCUCCUGGCUGAAAAAAAUCACCAAGAAACCAGAAUAUGUCCAGCGUGUGGAAAAAUAUUAAAGGAGGAAUCAGGAUUGUGUGGAAAUUGCAGAAGGCAUCCUGUCGAGGCACAACCUGAAAAUAGGGAAUGGGCCUUUCCUCUUAUUUUAAAUCAAAAUAUAUUGUUUGGGGAAAAAUUAUAUAAAGGUGUGGAAUGUGAUGAGAGCUUCAGCCAGAGUAGCCAUCUAAGUAACCAUCAAAAGAUUCAGGUCUGCGGGAAUCCAUAUCAAUGCAUGGAUUGCGGAAAGAGUUUCCAUCAGAAAAGUCAGCUUUUGACUCAUGAAAGGAUCCACCGAGGAGAGAAACCCUAUCAAUGCGUGGAGUGUGGGAAGAGCUUCAGUCAGAGCCGUUACCUGAGUUCCCACAGGAGAAGCCACAGAGGGGAGAAACCCUAUCAAUGUACGGAGUGCGGGAAGCGCUUCUGUCGCAAAAGCCGGCUUACUUCCCAUCAGAGGAUCCACACAGGGGAGAAACCGUAUCAGUGCCUAGAGUGCGGAAAGAGCUUCAGUGAUGCAAGUUACCUCACUUCCCAUAAAAGGAUACACACUGGACAGAAGCCAUACCAAUGUCUGGAGUGCGGGAAGAGUUUUAGCAUCAGUAGUUCCCUUACAUACCAUAAAAGGACCCACACGGGGGAAAAGCCAUACAAAUGUACGGACUGUGGAAAGAGCUUCGCUGUAAGCAGUUCCCUUAGUUCUCAUAAAAGGAUCCACACGGGGGAGAAACCGUACCACUGUGUGGAAUGUGGAAAGAGCUUUAGAAAGAGUUGUUCUGUAACUUCCCACAGAAAGAUCCACACAGGAGAAACUAUAUGAGUGCACGGACUGUGGAAAGAAUUUCAGAGACCCCAGUUCUGAGGUUAUGAUCCUUGUACAGAAAUCCUGUUUAUUGGCCAAGUGCGAUUGGACACAAAAGGAAUUUGUCUUUUUUCACACAAGGAAAUGUCAUGGAAGUGGAUUGUGGGCUGAAAUGAACUGGUAUGGCUGAAGGAAGGAAAACGAGGAAUUAUCGCCCCGUACCCCUCUAUCAGGGAGAUGGGCACUUAAGAAAUUAGAUAGAUGGAUAUAUCUUUCCAUUUCAUUUUAUAAGAUUUAAGAUGGUGGAUGAGAUCAACUGAAAGUUCUUGGAAGAGUUACAACUAAUUGAGUCUGUCGUUUGUCCCUCAUGAAUUGUCUGGUUUGGCAUGGCAACCAAACAGGACAGGUACAGACUUCAACGGACAGUUAGGAUUGCAGAAAAACAUCGCAACCAGCCUGCCUUCCAUUGAGGAUCUGUAUGCUGCAUGAACCAGAAAGAGAGCUGAGAAAGUACUUAUAGGGGCCUCACAACCUGGACAUAAUCAAUUUCAUCUUCACCCCUCAGAAUGCUGCUAUAGGGCUUUGCAUACCAAAACAACCAGAUAGUUUUCUCCUUCCUCCCCCAGGCCAUCACACUUCAUUUCCACAGCACUGUCUUUUUUCAUUUUUCUCAUCUUUCCAAUUAUCUUCUCCUAUUGGUGUCCUACAAUUUAUCAGUUGUUUGUAACUUAUGAUUAAUGAUUGUAAGUUUGAUUUGUGAUCUAUGACCUAUUCAUUGCUUUUUAUAUGUACUGUGAGCUUAUGCACCAGAGACAGUUCUGUUCUGUUCUACUCUAUUCUACUCUACUCCCAUUCCUAUUCCCAUUCCCAGUAUCCUGUCCCAGAGGUUGGCAAUCUUAAACACAAAGGUUCUAACUGGAAGCCCUAUAUUCAAUUCUGGAGCCAACCGGAAGUCCAGUUCUCCCUCCAUAGAAAGUCAUCCUACUGUGGUCUCCUUUUUCCUCUGCCGACUGGAAAUCUGGUUCCCCCACUAUAGAGUCUCUUCCUAGCACCGCAUCCUUUUUCCUCUACCUGUCCUAACUGAAAGCCCUAUCAAUUGUGGAGCUAACCGGAAAGCCCACCUC